CUUAUCCAAGGGUAGACGGCCCAGGUAAUUGUCUGAAAAAUGCACCACACACCGUACUCAAACACAACUUCGCAUUGAACAAGAGCUAUGAAGAUCAUUAUUAUCGGUGCGGGAUUUUCCGGCGUCUCGACAUAUCUUUUGCUGCGUCGGAUGUUGCCCCCACCAGAACACACCAUCACCCUGUACGACGCCCACGAUCCGCGUGCGGUGCGGCUGCGAUCUGGCCGGGACGGGCUUGCUUCGCCGGAGGAAGCAACGCGGGACUCGGCUGCUACAGUCGGCAACAUCAUCUCCUUGGAGCCGCCCGCGGUGCGGCUACUGCGAUUUAUCGACCACAAGCUCUACGAUACGUUCAAGGCACGCAGUUACGUCAACCGUCACUACACCUUGAGGUCGGCCCGCGGCCAUACGCUUGCCGUCAUCCCCACGGCCGACGGCAAACUUCCUGCCGAGCACACAUUGUCAUGCCCGCGGUUCGACUCGUGGCAGUGGCUGCAUGAGCACGUCGGCUAUGAUGACUCCGUUUGUUACCGUCGCGCCACCGAGGUUGACCUCGCCCGAGGUCGCCCCGUCGUGCACUUUGCUGACGGGAGUCGGGAUGACGCUGACCUCGUUGUCGGCGCCGAUGGGGUACGUAGCGUAGUCAAGAAGGCACUGUUCGGCCACGAGGAUGAGUCAAGCUAUGGGCCAGCUUUCGAAGGCUUCCUAGGUGUCGGCGGCUUCGUAGACAUGGACCUGCCGACCUCGGUCACCGACCUUGAGAGCAUGGUCUUCACUUUUGGCCCCGCGGGGUCUUUUGGCUACUGCUCGGCCGCGGCGCCAGAGCAGCGGAGGGUAGCCUGGUGGUCCAACUGGGGAAGUCCCAACGCGCCGGCGGGAAACACGGUGUUGGAGGCAAGCACCAUCAAGGAGCAGUUGCUAGACCGACAUGCCACCUGGCGCGACGCUGCCAUCAACGACAUCAUCCAAUGUUCUUCCACAGACCGCGUGUACCCUGUAUGGACCACCCCAGACCUACCGCAUUGGGGCCAGCGGGGAUCCGUCCUCUUGGGGGACGCGGCCCACACUCUCCAGGCCACGAGCGGCUCUGGCGCGAACCAGGCCCUGGAAGACGCCGUGGUUUUCAGCCUGCUGUUAUCACACUACAUGACAACCAGUGAUGGUGCCCGACACGUGCCCCGGGACGUGGCCGACAUGGCCAGCAAAGCCCUCUAUGAAAUCCGCGCUCCUCGUGUCGCCGAGCUAAGGCUUCGCUCCCGCAACCUAUAUGUCACUAACAAGCGCAUCAAUAGCGUCGUGCUAGAAUAUCUGUGGUAUCUCUGGAUCUUUGUGCAGACCCAUGUGUCGUUCGCAAGUAAGUUUUUAUCUUUCAUGUGCUAAGCUCCGACAUCCCCCCAGCUGCUGCUCCAGCCGCUGCUCCUGCUGCUGACACUACACCUUCAUCCCGCCAGUCG